UGUUUCGGUUUGUUUACCUUCCGGUCGCGCUGUGGCCGGAUGAUGCGGGAGGAGACCGGACUCUGUCAGGCUCGUCUUCUCUCCUCAUAUGGCCGCAGUGUCGUUGAGAUGUCAGCUUGUGUGGCCGCUGCUGCUGCCGCCGCUGCUGUGCCUCUGCGUCCGGUCGUCCGACACCCGGAGACCCCGCGUCUCCGCGGACGACGACCUCCUGCUGCCGUACGCCCGCGGCCACGGCCCCGCCCACUCUCACCGCCACGUCCGCGACUGUCAGCCCGUCGUUCACGGCAAUGCCACCCACGAGAGCUGGCCGCCGCCCGGUGACCGCAGCGGGCCAUCGCCCGCGGCCCAGUCCACGGUGUUCGUGACUGACGUGCCGGGAAGCUCCAGAAUCGUUUACGGUCACAUGACGGUGGUGCGCGACCCGCUGGGAACGGUGUCGGUGUUGGAGCCCGGCGGGCCUGGCGGCUGUGCGAUGAGGCAGAGGGCCUCGGUGGAGGAGACGGCCGGUGCCGCCGAGUGCCUGUUCGCCCAGAACGCCGGCUUCUUCAACACGGACACGGGCCGGUGUCUGGGCAACGUGGUGAGCGACGGGCGGACGGUGCAGGACAGCGGCGGCAUGCAGAACGCCCAGUUCGGAAUCAGGAGGGACGGCACGCUUGUGUUCGGGUAUCUGUCGGAGGACGACGUGUCCGACCGGUCCAACCCGUUCGUCCAGCUGGUCAGCGGCGUCGUGUGGCUGCUGAGGAACGGCCAGGUCUACAUCAACCAGAGCCUGGAGGCCGAGUGCGACAAGACACAGGAGACGGGAUACUUACGGCAUUUUGUGGACGUGUUGUCGGCCAGAGUGGCGGUGGGUCACGACGCAGAGGGUAACCUGGUCCUCUUCCACAUCGACGGACAGACCGGAGUCAGAGGGAUGAGUCUCUGGGAGGUGGCGGAGUUCCUGAAGAAGUACGGCGUGAUCAACGCCAUCAACCUGGACGGAGGCGGGUCCUCCACCUUCGUGAUGGACGGCUCUCUGGCGAGCUACCCCUCUGAUCACUGCAUUCCAGACGGUAGGUGGCGCUGUGCCCGGCGUGUCUCCACCGUCCUGUGCGUUCACCGGCGGCGCUGUCGGCCGCCAGACUGCAGCGGACACGGCGAAUGUGUGGACGGAAGCUGCCGGUGUGGGCGGGGCUGGCAGGGCGCCGCCUGCGACACACUGGUGUGUCGCCCGCCGGCCUGCGGCCCUCACGGGGUCUGCACCGCCGAUGGUUGUGUCUGUGACGCAGGAUGGAGAGGACGCAACUGCAGCCAAGAGUGCCCGCCAGGUUUCUACGGCGACGGCUGCAACCAGACCUGCGGCUGCGCUAACGGCGGCUCCUGCGACCCCGUCCGCGGACGCUGUGCCUGCACUCCUGGUUUCCACGGCAACACCUGUGAAGAAGGUUUCCACAUUUGUCCUCUGGGCUUCUUUGGGCUGUCCUGCGCUCAGGAGUGUCGCUGCGACCACCAAUGUCCGUGUGACCCGCGGACAGGAAGCUGCAACGCCACGUUGCCAACAGAGACCAACUACACCUUACACAUAGCCGGAUUCUGUCUGGCCAAUCAGAUCAUCACGUCUUGGAGACGAGAGGAAGACGCCCUCAGAGAUCAGCCUCACCUCACUGAACAAACGUGGCUGAUCAUCUCUCUCACCUUGGCCUCUCUGCUGUCGCUCAGCCUGCUGCUUCACCUCCCACGCUUCUGUCGUGGCCCGGCGGCGGCGGCAGCUCGCUUCCACGAGCGUCAGGACUACUCCUACGUGCCGCUGACCGACAUCAACGGAGCCACUUCACGGGCCCAGGCUGACGGCAGGAAGAGGGAAUUCGUGCCGGACGACUCGGACUCUCAGGAUGAAGUCUGGUCUCCGUCGUAGUCAACUUGUUCGUCCCGUUUUUUAUACCCAAGAAGAUGUCGAACGUUCGCUCACGGUUCCUGUUUUACAGAGGAAGCCCUCGACUCCAACCAGGAGAGGAAGAGGUUACACGCUUUUGUGGUGAACUUUGACCUUUGAACCCCGCAUCACGAAGAGAGAUCAGCAGGUUUGAGCCUAACGCCAGCAGAUGGAUCGCCAUGGUAACUAGCGCUCCAGAAAAGGAUUAUUUCACCAGCAGCCGGAUGUCAAAUCAAGAAGCACACGAAUGUCUGCUCAAAUUUUUAAUUUAUAAUUCUCUUUGGGUUUUUUUUAUUCAUUCAAAAACUGUUUUUUUGAUAUUCAACUUUGAACGUCGUUCACUUUGCCGAUGGUAAGGCUAACGCUACGUGUCCAGUCAUUCUUCUGUCACAGCACGUUUGAAUAAAGUAUUCUGCUCCCAGAA